CUUGAUCUAUUUAUAUGCAGUCCACACUCGUGAUGUAUCACGUACUGUAUGUAACGGUACGCUUCGCUGCACAACAUGCCACCCCCCGCUAAGAUUGACGGCCGGAGUGCAGCCAAUGAGAAUCAGAAACAGGGCUUAAACAAAAGGUUGCUCCCGGAUGGCUCCACCCCCCACAGGUUAUGGUAACCAAUAAGAGCCCCCAAGGUGGUCUAACCGACGCUUCUUCCAACCAAUCAUUCGAGAGUCUCGCUCGAGGUCCGCGAUGACGUUCGUGAGGUGAGUGAGCUCUUUAUUGACCGGCGGGAAACGGGGGGCGGGAGAUGAUGAUGAGUGACAGGGCCCUCACCCAAUAAUUCGGCAGGAGGUUGACGGCAGCAGGGAGGAAAUCCGUUCUGCAGAUUUAAAGAGACAGUGCCUCUCCCUGUUACGGGUUGGGAUUGGUUUCGUCUCUGGGCUAUAGAUCAAUAGAUGACAAAGUAAGCGUUAUUUAAGCCAGUAAAUACCGUUCCUUUACAUUCGAGAGUUUAUAAAUCGAGUUCCGAAGAUGGUCUGCGGCGGAUUUACGUGCUCAAAAAAUGCGCUUUGCUCCCUUAACGUGGUUUAUAUGCUGGUGGGGCUGCUCCUGAUUGGCGUGGCAGCCUGGGGGAAGGGUUUCGGCAUCGUGUCUAGCAUCCACAUCAUCGGCGGGGUCAUCGCUGUGGGUGUCUUCCUGCUGCUCAUCGCCGUGGUCGGGCUGAUCGGUGCCAUCAACCACCACCAAGUCAUGCUCUUCUUUUAUAUGGUCAUCCUCUUCCUCGUCUUCCUCUUUCAGUUUGGAGUGUCCUGCUCCUGCCUAGCCAUAAACCGGGACCAGCAGGUGAAGCUGCUGAACUCGACCUGGGGCAUCAUGGGUAACGCCACCCGGCAGGACCUGGAGACGCGGCUGAACUGCUGCGGCCUGCUCAACACCACGGAGGCGCAGGCGCAGUUCCUGAACGACGUGGGCGCCUGCCACGCGGAAUGCAAGCUGAAGGCGUCCUGCCACACCUGUGGGGAGAAGAUGCUCCAGCACUCCACCGAGGCGCUGCAGAUCCUGGGCGGCGUGGGGCUCUUCUUCAGCUUCACGGAGAUCCUGGGGGUGUGGCUGGCUGUGCGAUACAGAAACCAGAAGGAUCCCAGAGCGAAUCCCAGUGCCUUCCUAUAGUGACCCCUUUACAUUCGCUCACACCCCACUGGACAGGUCGUCAAGUACGCGCACACACCGUUACCCAGCUAUCCAGACCGGCAGACACACACAGUCAUGUAGCUAAAGACGCGCACAUAGGAGGCUGUCCAGCGCACACAGACACACGAGAAACACGCCCAUACUCUCACACCUACACAGUCAAACACACCGAUAGGCACCCUUCCGGCACAGCCUCCGUAGUUAGCCUCGCCUCUUCCUGAGCCCGGGGUGGCGCAGGAUCGCCCACCCGUACGUCCUCCGCCACAGAGAGGUGUCCAGCCCUGGCGCGGGCGAGUGCCAAGGCCUGCAGCUUUCGUUGAGGCCUUCCCUUGGAUCAGCUCCAGCCGGUCUCGCUGGCGGACGCAAGCAGUGGAGAGUUGAGUCGGGACCAGGGCUGGAGACCUCUGCGUGGCAGAGCCCCAUGGUACCGGACCUGGCAUCGGCAGCCUGGAAGCACGCUAGGUCAGGCCCGCAGGCAAGGAAGGAGGCCAAGGGAUCUGCUUGCUUUGUCCCCCUGUGCAUGAUGGCAAGGCUCACUGUUCCAGUCCUGCCCCACCUCGCCCCACCACCCUUGGGGUUUGCAGUGCCAACACCUACCCCCCCCCACCACCAUCUGCGCCAUCCUCGAUGCGAGGAGACUGUUUCCUGUGUGGCGAACCAGCCAGGAUGUCCGACGGCCUGCCUGCAGCGCUGCUCGGGCCGGAAUCUUCUCCGCUUUCAGCCGGACUAACGGAUCUUGUUGUCUUCACGGGAGGUGGGGCGUUUCUGACCCUUGUUAUCGUGUUUAAUCUGCGGCCUCGUGCUGCUGCUGAUGGAGACGCUCUUGACACGAGGUACGUUUGCCCUCUGAAAACGCAUUCUGGAACCUGGGGAGGGCAGUGCGUCAGGCUGUCCGAUCGGUCCUGUAGCCCGAUCAAUUAGGAAUGGGGGAGGCUGGGGUUUGGCACAGACGCUGUGGGCCUCUGGGAGCUGGCGGGGGGGUCUACAGUCGCUGCUGUGUGUGAUCGUCCGGGUACGUGGCUGCCCUGCGCCGCUGAGGGAAGCAGCCCCGGCCAUCUCCUUCCUGCCCCUCUGCUUGGGGGCUUUCAGUCCAGCAGGACUGUCCCCUCUCCUCCGCCCAGAGUCCCACAGGUUUUCCAAGGAGUUUAAGCUCCUGCUUGGGAAUAACUGUCAGGAGGGCUUUACUGUUUAAUCCAGGGCUUCUGUCUCGAGCUGCAGUCUCCUGGUUCUCGUUCCAACUGAACCUGCGAUUUCUUAAUUACUUAAGCAAUUACAGGCGUAAUUAAUCCUAAUGGAGGUGAUGUUUAUUCCCCAACGCUGCCGCUGUGAAAUUGCUUACCUGACUGCUGCUGCUGCUGGCCAGAACAGAACAGAUCAGCUGGAACAGGGGUGUCCGACUCCAGUACCAACAGGCUUCUUUUCAACAUUCGUUAAAGCUUCUGUUAAAUCAGCAUUAAAAGCUGGUCCAGUUUAAUUAGCCAAUAAUUAGUUUGAGCGGGCUGUUAAAAGUUUGAGCUGGCAGGGGCGAGGCCAGGGGUGGGUGACCUUGACUCCUCUGCUCUGUUGCACAUUGCAUCCGUUCCAGCUUUACCACUCCAGACUCCAGGGGCAAUUAAGCAAUUGAUGGUCAGUUCCGUAAUCCAGUGCAAGGAUCCGAGGUGUGUGAUGUGCUGGACUGGACGGGCCAAACCACCCAUAUGAUAAGCCAGGUUGUUUCCUCGGGCCUGCACUGCUCCUACAGGACCCCAGUCCCUCGGCCUCAUAGGGAUUCAUUAAGGCUGUACGUAAUUGGAUGAGUCUGUGUUGGAUGGGAAGCCAGAAGCCACUGGUGUCCUGGCAGCUGUCUUCAUCAUGGUCCUCAUGAUCAGUGCUGUUCUGCCACAUCUGGGAGUGGCUUUCACAGUGAGGGAGAUCGUUUCUUUUUAAUGUGAUAAAGUGCUCAAGUUUGAUGUUUUUCCAUGGUGUUGCUAUUAAGUGCUUCUCAUUUCUGACAAAAUUCUUAACUUUAAUUUUUGUCUUAACUUAGCGCUCGUAGGGCGAGUCGCGUCUGUUCCUCUCCCCCUGUCCCGGGUUCCAGUCCGGGCUGCCCAGUCCUUCCCCGUGACCUCGCAGCGCGCUGAUGGCCCUGGGAGUGAAAUUCCGGCAUUUCUGUGCUCCUAGCCGGGCAGGCGGGGGCAGCUAGGAGGGGGGACCUGAUGUGGAAAAUGGGGCGCAGUCAAGUGUGGGCCCUUCCGGCCCAUCCUGCCAUCUCCAGCUCUGCCCAAUCCCAUUAUUCCCAGCGUCUCCAGAGCUGCUCCUGGCGGGGGUACAGGAAUGGCCAGAUUUCCUUCCGGUCCAGCUCUGUUCCGUGAGCCAGUCAGUUGGGAAAUUAACAGCUGGCUUCACAGCCACUCAUUACUUCCUGGAUGAUCCUUCCAGCCUCCACUAAUGGAAGGGAUAACCGCCUGCUGUAGACGUGAGGCCCUCUUGGUGCCCUGGGGGCUGGUGGGGAAACGGGGCUCCUGUCCAGGCAGCUCUGGUGAUGUCGCUGGACAAGCAGUGGGUAUGAAUGCCAGGUGGCACAGCUGGGCAGCUCCUGCCCUCCACAGCCCCUUCCUGCAUCUCUUCCCUUUGUGCGGUCAUCAAUAUUUUUUUAAUGGUGCAUUUUGUUGUGAUUCCUGAUUUUGCCAUGAAUACACUGUAACAAGGUGAGCGCCACCUGCUCUGCUGCCAAUGUUGGUGUCAAGAGGACAAGGGCUUCUGCUCUCUGGGGGGUGGGACAGGCUUCCCUCUGUAGCCUCAGUGCCCAAGAGACCAGGCUCCCCAACUUGGGGGUCUUGGGGCCACAGUCCAGCUUUUCUAGGUCUCUUUAAGACAUUACCAGCACAAGACUGGAACAGUUUUGUUAUUGGCCUCACUCAAGACUUAAUUGGUUUAAUAUAACCCAGAUCUAUAAGUCUUUUUGUAGUUGAUUCAAAGAGAGACCCAGAAAACCCACUGGUGGACGGGGAAAGAUUGGAUGAAGAAUUAUGUGGAACCAGGACCCGGAGGUAUUGUGGACAGUUCCAGUGCUAAUGGAAGCAUGCCUGCAGCUACAGAGGGUCUGGCAUGCAUCUGCUUUGAGCCAAAUGACAGUUCAAAUACAUUAAGUCACAGGAUACAGGGUUAGUUUUAUAGCUGCUGCACGGCAGUUAAGUCAUUCCUUGUUAGUCCAGUAGCUUGUGUUGAUGUACUGAAGCAGCAUUGUCCAGUCCUGGGCCCGGGGGUGUCAGUGUGUCUGCAGGGUGUCCAGUCCUGGUGCUGGGGUGGUCAGUGUACCUGGAAGUGUUUCACGUCUCUUUAGAGCAGCAGUGACACCAGAAGAGCCGAGAGAAGCUGCUGAACUGGCCCAGUUAAGAUCAUAACCAGCUGGUUUUGCUUGUUAAGUACUGAUUAGAGAGGGGGUCCCCUCAGUCACAGGUCUUGUUAAUCUGCACUAGUGGGACCAGGAUCAGGGCUGGAUGCUCCUGUCACUUCCUGUUUAAUUUCCUCUGUGUCCGACUGGCAGCUCCCCCCUGCAGUCGUCCUCCCACCUGCCUGAUUUCCCUGUUUUUAGGCAUCAGUUUUGAAGUGUAAAUAGUAAUUAAAGAUUAAAUAAAGAGACAAUAAAACAAA